CAACGACAAUCUGGAUUUGCUGGCCAAGUCCACGAGCCUCAUUCUUCACUUCGAUACUCUAUAAUGCUGAGUUGUAUUGAUGUCGCAGCAGCAGAUCCCUUGAUAAAUUGAAUUGUGCCCCUUAGUCGCUAAAAAAUGGAUAUCGAACCCACCCUUCCUAUUCCGAUCUCGUAUAUUGGGGGUAGCUACUUUCUCUUCUCAAUUGAUGCAGUUACGUAUGUGAGACGCGAGCAUCACAUUUGCGGCGUCUUAAGCGGCACAUUGCCUCAAAUCCCACAACAGAAUGUCUUCCUGGGUUUGCCCUUGAAGCUAAUGCCGGAAGAGGCCCGGUUGCUCGUGGAGAAAGGUGUAGCAUGCAUUGUAGACGAGGUAAAAGUCCAAAAGGACGGAAUGCGAGCCCUCAUGGAGGAGGAUCGCAAGAAGUAUCUCCGUGAGCUAGAAUCUCAAGGCCAGCAUGCUAUGCGACUACAACACGACCGGAAGGAGCAGCAACGCGAGAAGGCUUUAAAGAAAAUAGAAGAAAAGAAGGCCGCCAAGGCCAAAAAGUCUGCUGAAAAGCAGCAGCAGGAGGAGCAGCCUGACCCUGUUAAUAAUGAGGCUGCUGCUGCUAGAGAACCGGUUGUUGACUUGUUCGCACACGAUCAGCAGUCGUCGCGCCGUUCUUCGUCCGCCACUGCUGCUGCUGCUCCCUUUGGCACUGCUAUGGGAGUCACGCCUGCUACUUCUUAUCCGCCUCUUCCGUAUGAGUGGUCUGCUGAGCAAAAGCUACCGCUUCCUGAUGUGCCUUCCUCAUACCCUUUGUUCGCUCACCUUCACUCUGAAGGAUACUACCUGUCCCCUGGGUUACGUUUCGGGUGUCAGUAUCUUGCCUAUCCCGGUGAUCCUCUCCGGUUUCAUUCCCACUUCUUGAGUGUGUCUGCUGAAUGGGAUGAAGAGUUGGAUUUGAUGAGUAUCGUCGCUGGAGGUCGACUAGGUACUGGUGUGAAGAAGGGUUUUAUGAUUGGAGGAGCUGAGAAGAAGCUCGAGGGAUCGGAUGCUGGGAGUCCCAGUAGUGUGAGGACUUUCAGCAUUGAAUGGGGUGGAAUGUGAUGUGAUGUGAACUAUAUUCGACGUUCUAUUCGGUCUUAUUGAUCGUCUCUGAGCUGAGCUUCGCAUGCUGCGCGCGCAGCUUGCAGCAUAUUCCAUUGCUGCUUUUCUCGGUGGAGUAGAAGCGCAAUGUCAGAGGAAGCUGUGCAGAGCUGCAAAUGCAAACUGCAAUUAAGCGCUCUCUCAGGUCCGGCAGAAAUGCAUACGGACAUGAUUGCAGCAGCCAAUCCUCGAAACAGCUGGUAGAGCUGUUACCUGGCAAGGUUACGAGAAUACUCUACAGCUGUCGAUUCUCCAGCACACCCCAGGCAGCGCAGUCCGACAUAUAGGACUUUAUUCACAGCCUUGAAGAUCAUACCACGGCUGAAUAACAAAUAUGAAAUCAAAG